AUGGAUGUCAAAUCAGUUCCAGAAUAUUAUAUCUUAAAAAGGUGGACAAAGUUAGCUAGAAGUGAGACUUUCCAUAAUGUUGAUGUUAGCUAUGUGGAAGAAGAUGUUGAUUUAUCCUCAGCCAAACGCUACAAGGAAAUUUGUCCUCGCCUUAUUAGGAUAGCCACUGAAGCAUGCAGAAGUCCAGAAGCAUUCACAUUCCUUCGUAAAAUCACUAAUGAAUUGAAUAAGCACAUGCUAGAGUUUCAAAAGAAUCCAAUUAAUAUUUCUCAGGUGAAUGAGUUUAUUGGUAAAGUUAAGGAGUCUACAAGCAUCCAUGAUGAUUUGACACAAACAAAAGGAUUCAUAAAAAUAGAAGGCAAAAAGAGUUCAAAAUGCCUAGAAGGUUUGGUAGAGUCUCAACCUCCCAAAAGAAAGAAAAAUCUUGGCUCUAAAGCUUCACAAGUUCAGGAAAAUAUUCAUGAAGAUAUUACAAAAUUAAACCGUCCAGAAAAAAGUGAAGAAGACAUAUUUUCAACAGUGACCUGCUACUGUUUUCAUCUGAGGGUUGUGCGGAUAUAG